AUGGGUGAUCUUGAUGGAAUAGGCGAGCAUAUACGUACAUACUUGACCAAUGAAGUUGGGUUAGAGAAUUUCACAAGGCUUUAUAGUGCCAACAACAGAUACUCCACCAUGACUUCAAACAUAGCAGAAUCGAUCAACAGGGCUAUCAAAGAGGUCAGGGAAUUGCUUGUUGCAACAUCAAAUAUGUUCGUCUUUACAGUUCAUGAUGAAGAAACAGAGUACAUAGUCAACAUGGAGAACAAAACAUGCAAUUGUCAAAGAUUCCAAUGCGAUGACAUGCCAUGUUCAUAUGCAAUGGCAGUGAUCAUACAUAAAAAUCUGAACUGCUACAAAUAUGUCUCUUACUACUACAAAACAGAUGCAUACAUUGCAACCUAUGAGGAUUCAAUACUACCUUUAGGAGACCACCGUUCAUGGGAGUUGCCACAAGAGAUAUUGGAGCAUUACAUUCUACCACCAGUUUUAAAGUGUUGUCCCAGUCGGCCUAAGAAAACAAGAUACAAGGGUUUCAAUGAGCCAACGGUUUAUAGAACUUGCAAUCGAUGUGAAUUGAAGGGUCACACCAGAAGAACAUGCAGAAACAAACCACUGCUCAAGCCUACGAAAGGAAGAAAAUAG